AAGGGAGAGUUCGUAUUGAAGAGGAAGACAACGACUACGAGUACUAGGGGAAGAAGAAGAAGAAGCCAACUCCAUACACAUCCGAUGAUGUGAUAUUGGCAUCUUUGUCACUUCCGGACGAUUUGCUAGUGAUGAUCGUGGCACGCGUUCCAAUAUUGUACUAUCGUACUCUGUCACUAGUCUCCAAGAGCUUUCGAUCUAUGGUGGUUUCACCUGAGCUUUACAAGGUCAGGUCAGUCUUGGGCCUCACGGAGAGUUGUCUCUAUGUGUGCUUGAGGUUCGGGUUGGGUUCUUAUAAGUGGUACACCCUCUCCUCCAAGAGUAAGAGUAGUGGCGGCUAUGUUUUGGCUAGCGUCCCAAUGCCCGGUGAUGAUUCUCCUCGUGUGGCGGGUUUGGGUUUUGGUUAUUCAGAUCUUGUGGCUGUUGGUUCUGAUAUCUACAACAUUGGCCAAGCAGAUAAAACCACGCCCACCUCUAGUGUCUCGAUUCUUGAUUGCAAGUCUCACAUGUGGCGUAAGGCUCCCAGCAUGCCAAUGGAGCUAGGGUCACUUUCUGCCAUUGUCCUUGAUCGAAAUAUAUUUGUACUAGGACGACGCUACCAUCAAUAUGCUUCCUGGAAGAGCUUGCUCCAGGUAUUCAACACAAAUACGCAAACUUGGGAUAUCCCUUGUUGUGUAUUGGACCAAGCCAGUCACCUUUUUAAUUUUAACGGAAAUCUCCACGCGGUUAAUAUAUUUGGUUGGGUGUUUGCUUUCAAUUCAAAGCAAGGUAAAUGGGACCAGCUGGUUGAAAUAGAUCCAAGUGUGGGUGAAAUUAAGUAUUCGGAAUCUUACUGCGAGAUUGAUAAUGUUCUCUACUCUGUUUCUAAAGAAGGAGCUCUGAGAUGGUAUGACACCGACAAGACAAGGUGGAGAGAUUUGAAGGGUUUGGUAGGACUACCUCAGUUGCCUCGUCGUUUUUCUGGUUAUGGUUCUUAUGUUAAAUUAACGGCUUAUGGUGUUGGAAAGAUGCUGGUUUUCUGGAGUAGAAAAUCUAAUAUUCUUGUGUCUCACAUGGAGACCAUAUAUUGUGCCGUGAUAGCGCUUAAAAAAGACAAAGGAGACUGUUGGGGGAAACUUGAGUGGUAUGAUGGUGUGCUUUCAGUCCUUGCGGGAACUGAGUUGGUUAAGAUUUUUUCUGUAACGCUUUGAUGAUGAAUGAAUGUUUCUUGACUUUAUUUUGCUAAUUUUUUAUUUCAAAUUCUAAUCGACAAUUUUUAGUUUAGUUUCUAACUUUCUAUGGUCCUUGUACUCUUUCCAUGAUAUUGCUUCUUUUAGGAUUCCAACCACCGCUUCCUUUUCACUAUUUGCACAAUUAUGUCUUUAAUUAUUUUUAUUGCUUACAUAUGCAUGCUUUAGUAUUUCAUUUUUAUACAGGAAAUAAACUAAUUGUAACUUCUUUAUUUUUAUUCCAGUGGAAAGAAAAAAGAAUCAGUGGCAUAUGAAACGCGCCAUACUUCCACUGGUAUUGUUGCUGGUAAAUGAACUUGCAAAAAAUAAAGAAGUUACAAUUAGUUUAUUUUCUGUAUAAUUGGCCAACUAACGUCGUCUCUCACAUGCGUUAUAUGACUCCCCAUCUUGUAAAGAGUCAAUGAAACAAAAAAACAUUGGACUGUAUCUAGAAACCAGGAACUACAACAACAAAGCAUUAAACUCUCCUCGGUGCGGUUAUGUUGACCUUGAUAUUCAUGAGUAUAUGAUAAAUAGAAGAGCUUUAUAUCAGAAACCAUAGCAUGCCACAACAUGAUAAUUCAGGUUAAAAAGGGAUUUGUGAAUUUGUCAUCAACCCCGGCCCUUGUUGAAACAAAAUUUAGUUACAUGACAGAGAUAGAUACCAUUUAUCAGAUGGAUAUCCGCUUGGCAGCAUUGCAUAGUAGCAUGGCGAUCGUCAUAUUGCUGAGGCAACACCUAAAGCUUCCUCGUAACAUACAUCCCCAACAAGACGCUUAUGAUCAUAUCACAUGCUUCAAUGUCUAACCAGAAACAACAAAACAAAACCUUAGAAAAAAACAGUUUGGUCUUUUCAUUUAACCUCUAACCUAAGGUUCUCUGUAUCAUAAUGGUUGUCAUGCUCUUGUAUGAGUCUUUAUUUACUGGAACAAAUGAGUCCUACAUCAAUGACAACUGCUCAAGGCUUCAGCCAACUUCCACAAACAAGAUUAGGUACACCCGCGAGUGCAACCACAAUCUCAUCCUCCCUGGUAAUGUCCUCUGGAUCCUUUGAAAAGGUAUGCACCGUGAUACCUCUACGGUAAGUCAAGAGACACGAGAGGAGGAGACACUAGAAUGGAGCUUGCGAAAUGCACUUCCCUUGUUGUCAAAUGAACAGUCUUGUUAUGCGCAAAGGCCAAAGCUUUCCUUGCGAUGCUCGAACAGUCACUGCAUCACAUGAAACAGAAGAAAAUAAACAUUACACGACUAAUGUAAAAAAACGUACAUACCAGAAGCUUAAACAAACGCAUUUUGACAGUAAUAAUUGGAUAAAAGCUUCGAUCUUUCAGUAAUUUGAUCGUCUCAGCUCAUCUCCAUCGUCACCAAGUGCAUCUGCGUUGUCAAUGGCGUUAAUGGUGACGAAUAAAGCUAGGCGUC